AAUUGUGAAAAGAGGGAAGAAUUCUGUGCAAAAGCCUUCUCCCUGUUGCUUUGCUGCCGGCGAAAACCAGAAGAUUUUAAGAUUAAAGUAGAGAUGUUGGAGGCUCGAAGUCUAAAGAAAGCAGUGGUUCCAUCGAGACUGAUAGAGUACCCAUCUCCUGCCAAUCUUCAAUCCAAUCGCCUUUCCCUUCAUGUUAGUGACGACGGAGCUUCUUGCUGGAUUUAUGUUGCUUCUGGCUGCCAUAUCUACAGAAUUCUGGUCUCUUUGGGAGAUUCUUUAGUUGAUAAAGGAAAGGAUAGCCUCCUUAUACCUGAACAAACUCAGGUUGUGGAGUCUGCUAUAGUGAAUCGUUGCCCUCAUCGGUCAGAAAUUCAGACGAUUGUAUUGAAUGAAACUGAGAGCUCUGACUGCUUAAUAUUGGGAAGUGUUGACUCAUAUGGACAUCUCAUAGUUUCCAGAUUGGGCACUGAUGGUAAAGAUGUGGAAAGGCUUACAUUUUCAGUAUCACCUCAGGAUUUUGGAGUUGGAGAAGGUGGGUGGGCAGGGCUUUGCUUUAGUCCAAGUCAAUGGUCAACGACUGCUGUUGCACAUAGCUUUGGCAAAACUAUUGAUGUAUUUGACCAAGAUCUUCAUCUUCGCACUUUUCAUUGUGGUACCCUACUGCCGUUGACUUUUUACAAAACUGGAAAUGAAACUUCAGUAUUGGCUGUUACAGAAGGCUGCCAGCUGUCAAUAUGGGACCUGAGAGUAAACGAAAAAGGUGGUUGUGUACAACGGAUUUGUGGUUCUGUUGGAGAUAUUUUAUACGCGGUUUGCAACUCCUCGACCGGUAGUAUUGCAGUUGGCGGAUCCGAUCGUACCAUGACCGUCUAUGAUCCUCGCAGAUGGGCAGCUGUAGCAAGAUGGGUCAACUGCUCAAAAUACGAGAUCACUGGGAUUUCUUUCUCUUCGGUUGACCCUAGUUAUGUCUACAUACAAGGAGUUGAUUAUGAGUGGAAAGAAAACAAGAAAGCAUUUUCAUUUAGAGGAGAUUCCAAUUGGCUUGGGUUUAGUAAGUGUCGGAGCAAGGAUGUUUUGGGAGGAUGGUGUGAUUCUGGCAGCAUUUUUAUAGCUGAUGUAGUUGAGGGGAAAGAAUUAUAAAUUUUUGUCCCGAUUUUUUUUUCCUCAAACCUAUUAGUCAUUUUCUU